AUGAAAUUUCCCGACUUAUCAUCACUGUCGAAUCCAGUUCGACUUCGCGAUCUAAUUCGGCAAAUUCGUUCAGCGAAAACAGCAGCCGAAGAACGUGCUGUCGUGCAGAAAGAAUGUGCCUAUAUACGAGAUUCAUUUCGGGACGAAGACAAUACGUGGCGAUGUCGAAAUGUCGCUAAACUACUCUACGUGUCACUACUUGGCUACCCAGCACAUUUCGGACAAUUGGAGUGUUUGAAGCUGAUCGCAUCGCCGCGGUUUACCGAUAAACGAAUUGGCUAUCUAGGAGCCAUGUUAUUACUGGACGAACGACAAGAUAUUCAUGUGAUGAUUACCAAUUCACUGAAAAAUGAUUUAAAUCAUUCGAAUCAAUACAUAACCGGUUUAGCAUUAUGUGCAUUGGGUGCUAUUUGUUCGCCCGAGAUGAGUCGAGACUUGGGCGAUGAAGUUGAACGGUUGAUGAAAUCAUCCAAUGUAUAUCUGAAGAAAAAAGCGGUGCUAUGUGCUGUUCGCAUCAUUCGAAAAGUUCCGGAGCAAUUUGAUAUCUUUCAGAAUACGAUUCGAAGUUUACUAUCGGAGAAAAACCAUGGUGUACUUCUCACGGCGACAGCUCUCGUCACAGAAGUGUGCCAGCAAAAUACUCAAGCAUUACAUGUCUUUCGCAAAUUAGUACCAAAUCUUGUUCGUAUCCUGAAAAAUUUAAUUAUGUCAGGAUACAGUCCUGAACAUGAUGUUUCGGGAAUCAGUGAUCCAUUUUUACAAGUUCAUUUACUACGCUUACUGCGUGUAUUAGGUCGAAAUGAUACUGAAGCAAGUGAUACGAUGAAUGAUAUUCUUGCUCAGGUUGCAACGAACACAGAAAAUAGCAAAAAUGUUGGCAAUGCAAUUCUCUAUGAAACUGUUUUGACAAUUAUGGAUAUCAAAUCUGAAUCGGGUCUCCGAGUUUUAGCUGUGAAUAUUCUGGGUCGCUUUCUUUUGAACACUGACAAGAACAUUCGUUAUGUGGCAUUGAAUACUUUAUUACGUGUUGUUCAUGCAGACCAAAAUGCUGUGCAAAGACAUCGAGCAACGAUUGUUGAGUGUUUGAAAGAUGCAGACGUUUCGAUCAAACGGCGAGCAAUGGAGUUAUGUUUUGCUUUGAUUAAUUCGAACAAUAUACGAACGAUGAUCAGUGAAAUGUUGGAGUUCUUAGCAAUAUGUGAAACAGAAUUUAAAGCGGAUUGUACAUCGAAUAUGUUUUUAGCUAUGGACCGUUUUGCACCGUCACGACGAUGGCAUGUCGAUCAAAUGAUUAAAGUUUUGACCACGGCCGGCAAUAGUGUGCGUGAUGAUAUUGUAUCAAGUUUAAUUAGUAUCAUAUCGUUAACACCUGAACUUCAUGGUUAUGCAGCGCAUCAAUUAUAUAAAACGAUUGAAAAUGACAUAACUCAACAGCCACUCGUUCAAGUUGCAUCAUGGACUUUAGGUGAAUUCGGUGAUAUUUUUGUUAGUGGACAAUAUAAAAAGCCAGAAAAUGAAGAUAAUUUCCAAAUUAGUGAAGAGAAAGUCAUACGUACUUUAGAACACAUAUUAAACUGGUCGAUAAGCACAGUUAUUACGCGUGAAUAUGCAAUCAAUGCUUUGAUGAAACUGAGCACACGAUUUCCAAACUAUACAAAUCGAAUACAAUCUGUGAUGGCACACUAUGGAUGCAAUAUGAAUUUAGAACUGCAAACACGUGCUGUCGAAUAUGCAUCAUUGUUCACAGCACAUAAUGACAUUAGGGCGAAUAUUGUCGAGCGCAUGCCGAUACUAAUCAAUAAUCAAACAAAUAAUGGAGAACAAGCAGAACCAGUCGACGGUUCGAUGGAACAACCAUCGCUUAUUGAAACAUCUGAUGAUGUACCUGGCACAGAGGCUAAUAUAUUCGACAUAUUGAAUGAUCCUAUUCAAACUAAUGGUAACCUAUUCGACUUGGAUGGUGACAAUCAUAACACUAUUCCAGCUAUGAUUGCUCUCGAUAAGAACGGCUUGAGUCUUACAUUUACUUUUGAACGGCAAGAUACAACGUUAACCAUCACUUCAACAGCCACUAAUUCGACUCCGUAUAAUAUCACAAACUUCGUUUUCAAAGCUGCGGUGCCUAAAACAUUUCACAUCGAACUAUAUCCUGCAAAUAGUACAACUAUUCCAGCUAAUAAAGCUGGCGAACUCCGUCAAGAGAUGAAAGUGUCGAAUCCGAACCGAGAAAAACUUCGCAUGCGAAUCAAACUCAGUUAUGUACUCAAUACGAAUUCAAUGAGCGAAGAAAUGGAAUUAAACGCAUUUCCUGAACAGUGCUAUAAAUAA